GCGCAUGCGUAUGACGGACGUCCUUCAAGGAAAACCCGACAGAAUUUACCCAAAUGUUUUCAUAAAUAGUCUUGGUAUGGUCCUAACAUAAUCAUUUGUAUUAAGUUCAUGUUAUUAGUUGUGGGUGUACUUCAUAAAUUAAAACCCUAUGAUUAGUCAGUUGACGCGUAAACUAGUAUGCUAGAAGAAGGCACUGUCGCAAACGCGAACGAAACGGAAUACGGCAAGAUGGAACACGUUGAGCGGUGUGGUUGAUGGUCUUCACAUUCCUCAAAAUAUGAAGAAAUUGUGCAAUUGUGUGUCAGACACCUCUCAGAUAAGUAGAAUAAAUAAAUUAACGUUAGAUCGAUGAAGUUUGAUAAUUUGCCUUGUACGUUUAGCAGCUGGUUUAGAAUCGGAUAUGUUUUUGGCAGUUUGCAAAAAUAAUUUGUUCAGCUGUGUGAGAGGACACGUACCUACCCUCAACUGUAGUAAUAUUGCUGUCACUAAAUGGCCCAAACUGUUCAAGGGUGCGUCAGCAGAAUGGUGUCAGAAAGCGAGAACAGAUCUGAAUUGGCACCAUCGUUUAAAACAAAAAGUUUGCUCUCUUGGACAAUGGUGGAGGUUGGCGCACAAUGACAGGCUACAUGACCGCAAGUCAACUUUAAACGGCGAGGGUAUUAGUUAUCACUGUCAGGGCCACGCUUGGCCCGUCUCAUUUACACCGCUGCCAAAAAAUCAGGAAAGUUGUGUAGCAUUAAAGACAAGGACACGCAAUCUCACAUCUUUGACUGUACGGUCAAAACCUCCAGUGUGUAAAUAUAACCUUCAACUAUUCGAUUCCACUCGUGUUUUCAACGUCCGAGUUCCACUUGCAAAUUUACCUGUUCACUCUGGAGCAAGAGGUUUCUGUUGUCCCCGUCCAAAGAAAUCCAUUUUGGACGAAGAGCUAAACUCAUCUCAACAGGAUUCAAGGGAAAGUGCAUCUUGUCAGCAAGAUGCUAAGCCUCCAGCCCCUCACCACGAACAUUUUCAAUUCAAAGAAUUGUAUGAAAACCCAUGGACGAUACCCAACUUUCUAUGUAUGGCCAGGAUUAUGUUGGCCCCAGUGUUGGGUUACUUGAUAGUCGAGCGCUACUUUCACAUAUCACUUGGCCUUUUCAUGUUAGCUGGAGCUACUGAUUUGUUGGAUGGCUGGAUUGCACGUAAUUGGCCCAGUCAGAAGUCUGCUCUAGGUAGUGCUCUGGAUCCUCUUGCUGACAAGAUCCUCAUCAGUGUUCUCUAUGUCAGCCUGACCUAUGCCAACCUCAUCCCAGCCCCUCUUACUGCUCUGGUCAUCUCCAGGGAUAUUGCCCUGAUAGCUGCCGUUUUCUAUGUCCGAUACAAGACUGUUCCACCCCCAGUCACUCUCAGCAAGUUCUUCAAUCCCUGCUACACCACUGCUCAGUUGAAGCCAACUUUCAUAAGCAAGGUGAAUACGGCUAUUCAGUUGCUCUUGGUGGCUGCUUCCGUGGCCUCCCCAGUCUUUCACUAUACAGACAGUCUGCUGCUGCAGUCUCUGUGGUACAUCACGGCGCUGACGACUGUAUCGUCUAGUUACAGCUACUACCAUUAUGGUAGGAAGACUGUUAAAAUAUUGAAUCGCACCAAGUAAUUGCAUUGUCAUGGAGACAACUUUGACUCGUAAGCAACAGCAGCUGGGAAAACAUUUGGAUAACCAGGCUGAGAAAAUACUCGGAUUAGAAUUUUGAAACGAAGACAGUCUUGUCUCACCCCUGAAGAUCCAGGUCUUUUUAUAGUACUUUGAUUUGUACAUUGAUUUGCUUACUGCAGAACAUGGAAUCAUUUUUUUCAGUGUAAUGACUAGCAACUGUUCAACUGAUUGGUCUGCUGCUCAUUUUUUAAAUCCUGUUUUGGAUCAUCCGUGGACAUGUUUUCUGAUUAAAACAAACUGACAUAAUCAACACAAAUGAUGUCUCACUUACAUUUGUUAAUGACCUGUUUGUGUAGACAUGCAAUCAAUGUUAUACUUUUUUGAGCUAUGCACUUCUUGGGUUCAUUUUUAGAAGGAAGUAUGGGAACGAUACCUAUGCAAAUAAGUUCUCAGGAACACUGAACUUCAAGGUGAUCUUUUCCAAGAAAGGAACAUAUAAUUUUUGGAUAAUAAAAGUUGAAAGCUCAUAAACAUUGUCAGUGAGUGAUUCAGUCUUCAAAAAUGGGUACACACAAGACUACAUUCCUGUAAUGCUAAACUCUUAUUUAUGCAAUCCCUCUUAGCAUGUAGAAUUCGUCAUAAGGUUGGGUGCAGAAAAGCGAAUGGAUCUCCGUAGCAUUGGGCUCUUGGGGAGUAGUGGAAAGUUGUGUGCCAUGCCCACCACCACAUGUUCACUGCUGUAAUUUAGCUUGAUCCUGUUUUAUGUAUUGCUAUGAUAUGAUGCUGGCUGUUCUUCUCCAGAGGAGGGGGAUAUACCAUGUUAUCUUUACCAUCUAGUUUCUGAUCUGUUAUACAAUUUCUUUGAUCACGGAUGCCAUGUAGAUGUGAUGAACACAAUGCAGUAAGACUGCACAGCUCAGUGAACAUGUAGCCUAUGACCAGGUGUAAAACUGGAUUGUCUAUCAUCUUCUGGAAAAUAAAACAAUAUAACCAAAUAUAAUCUGUAAUUCACAAUUUUGCAUAAUACUGCACUUGAAGGGAAUGUAAUUCAUUUACUGAAUAAAGUUGGACCAUUUUAGCCCAGUA